UAACUACCUGAACGUCAGGACUCACUGAUGAGCUAUAAUCUAUGCUAUUGAAAGUAAGAUUAAUGAUGAAACACUUGAGAUGCGCAUCUGUCCUUCUGCUCUGCACAUCUGCACAGGGCUCAAGAGAUGAGUAAAAGAUGCCGUGCUCUGGGGCCAAAAGAACCCGAUACAUCAUCUUAAGUGUGAGUGUGGUCAUCUGUGUAUUUAUAUUCUCUCGACCUUCUGUACAAAGACUUCUCUUUGGAGCAUGUGCAUGUGGUCAGUGCGUGUCAGACAUCGCUCAUGACACCUGGUUCCAAAAGUGCUACGACCCCUAUGCCCAACCCUUACUGACUAAGAAAAACUGCAUACUCAGCAACGCCCUCUAUUGGUGGUGGCAAAAGCUACAAUAUAAGAGUAGAGUGAACUACAAAGCAGUAGCGGAGAUGUUAUUUGGCAUCUUCCCGAAUGAAGAAGAUUACUCAGAUGCUGGCCCAGGUCGCUGCAGAACCUGUGCUGUAGUGGGGAAUUCUGGGAACCUCAAAGGCUCCCACUACGGUGCGCUCAUUGAUGCCCAUGAUCUUGUCAUCAGGAUAAAUAAGGGCCCAACCGAAGGCUUUGAGCGGGACGUGGGGUCUAAGACCACUCACCGUUUAAUCUACCCCGAGAGUGCCGUGGACAUGGACAACUCCACUCACCUGGUGCUGAUCCCUUUCAAGACCGUGGAUCUGCAGUGGCUCAUCAGCAUCUUUACGACCAAACACAUCGAUCGAACUUAUGUUCCAGUAAAACCCAGUAUAAAAGCAAACAGGGACAAGGUGAUGAUCCUCCAUCCUGGUUUUUUGAAAUAUAUUCAAGAGCGCUGGCUGCAGAAACAUGGCAGAUACCCAUCCACUGGUUUUAUUACACUCAUAUUUGCCUUGCACAUCUGUGACCAGGUGAGUGUAUUUGGGUUUGGAGCAGAUGAAAAUGGAAACUGGCAUCAUUACUUUGAACAAAAUAAGCAUAACCAUAAUGCUGGCAAUCAUGGAGGAAGCUAUGAAUAUAGAAUUGCACUUAAGCUUCAUGAGAAAAAAAUCAUUCAUUUGUAUAAAGGAUGGUGACCAUUGCAGUGAAUUUCUCAUUUAUUAAGUAUUUAUAACAUUAUGUAUGUCCCAUUAUGUCAUGAACAAAACAAUGGCUGUGUACAUUACGCUCAGUACCUCCUAAAAACAAUAAAUUUU